GGGCUGGGGGGCUCGGGGGGGCCUGGGGGCGCUGCUGGCGGCGCUGGGGGCGCUGCUGGCGCUGCAGCGGCUCCUCCGGCCGCACCUCUGGGCCGACCUGGCGUUCGCGCUGCGGGCGCUGCGGGUGCGGCGGCGGGCGCGGCGCGGCCCCGGGGGGCUGCGUGGUCUCCCGGUUCCUACGGGCGGCCCGGGAGGCACCGGCUCGGCCGUUCCUGCGGGCCCGGGAGGGAGGAGCCGCUGGGGCGGGCGGCGCGGAGCGUGGCGCGGGUGGCGAACGCGCUGCGGGCGCUGCGGGCCCCGCCGCGGCCCGGGGACACCGUGGGGCUGCUGGUGGGCAACGAGCCCCGCUUCGUGUGGGGCUGGUUCGGGCUGGCGGCGCUCGGAGCCCGCCCGGCCUUCCUGGGCACGGCGCUGCGCCCCGCGGGGCUCCGGCACUGCCUGAGAGGCUGCGGAGCGCGGGCGCUGCUCGUGGCGGACGACCUGUUCGGUUCGGUGGAGCCGCUGCUGCCCGGCCUGCGGGAGGACGGCGUGGCCGUGUGGGUGCUGGGAGCGGGGCCGUACCCCGAGGGCGCCGUGGCGCUGCAGGAGCUGCUGGACGCGGCCUCCGAGGAGCUGCAGCCCGAGGACGUUUGGGAGCCCGGGGACAUGAACGACACCUGCCUCUACAUCUUCACCUCGGGCACCACCGGGCUCCCCAAAGCCGCCCGCGUGUCCCACCUCAAGGCCAUCAUGUGCCUGAGCUUCUACGAGCUGGUGGGAGCCUCCAGCAAGGACGUGGUGUACCUGGCACUGCCCCUCUACCACAUGGCCGGGUCCCUGCUGGGCAUCGUGGGCUGCCUGGGCAUCGGAGCCACGUGUGUGCUGAAGGAGAAGUUCUCGGCCAGCCAGUUCUGGGAGGAUUGCCGCGCCGAGGGCGUCACCGUGUUCCAGUACAUCGGCGAGCUCUGCCGCUACCUGGUGAACCAGCCGCAGCGGCCCGCGGAGCGGCAGCACGGGCUCCGGCUGGCCGUGGGCAGCGGGCUCCGGCCCGACGUGUGGCGGAGCUUCCAGCGGCGCUUCGGGCCCGUGCGCAUCGUGGAGACGUACGGGAUGAGCGAGGGCAACGUGACCCUGUUCAACUACACCGGCACCCCCGGCGCCGUGGGGCGCUGCAGCUUCAUCUACAAGCUCUUCUCCCCGUUCGAGGUCGUUCGUUACGACGUCGCUGCCGGAGCUCCGGAGCGGGACAGGAACGGGCGCUGCAUCCGCGCCAGGACGGGUGAGACGGGGCUGCUGAUCGCCCCGGUGACCGCCAGGACGCCGUUCCUGGGCUACGCGGGCAGCCGGGAGCUCUCGGAGCAGAAAUUGCCGAGCGUUUUCACUGAAGGCGACGAAUUCUUCAACACCGGGGACCUGGUGGAGCAGGACCGGGAGCAGUUCGUGCGCUUCAGGGACCGCACCGGGGACACCUUCAGGUGGAAAGGUGAGAACGUGGCCACCACCGAGGUGACCGAGGCGCUGCUGGCCCACGAGUCCCUGCAGGACGCCACCGUCUACGGGGUCACCGUGCCAGGACACGAGGGCCGGGCCGGGAUGGCCGCGUUGGUUCUGCGCCCCGGGCGCUCCCUGGACGGCCCCGGGCUGUACCGGCACCUGGAGCGGCUCCUGCCGCCCUACGCGCUGCCCCGAUUCCUGCGGCUGCGGGAGGGGCUGGACAUGACCGAGACCUUCAAGCAGCAGAAGGUGCGGCUGGCGCGGGGCUGCGACCCCGCGCUGGUGGCGGAGCCGCUCUUCGUGCUGGACGAGGCCGCCCGAGCCUUCGUCCCGCUGGGCGCCCCGGCGGCAGCGCCCGUGGAUAGCCCCGCCCCCGCAGCCCCGGCGCCCGGCAGCGGCGGCCCUGUCCUUUGUCGUGUCCCUCCCGGGGCGCUCCCUGCGCAGCGCCCGCACAGACCGCUGGGAGUUAUAGUCCACACUCGUAGCACACCCUGCUGUUGGCGCGGCCCGCUGAACUACAGAUCCCGGCGUGCCGCGCGCGGCGGCGGCGGCGGAGCGGCGGAGCGGGGAAGAUGGCGGCGGCGGGCGCGGGGCCGGGCCCGCGGGCCCGGCGCGGGACCCUCGGCCGGCGCCGGUGCGUCCAACCCGCGCAAGUUCAGCGAGAAGAUCGCACUGCAGAAGCAGCGGCAGGCGGAGGAGACCGCGGCCUUCGAGGAGGUCAUGAUGGAGAUCUGCUCCACACGGCUGCAGGCGCAGAAGCUGCGGCUGGCCCACAGCCGGGGGCCCUUCUACAGCGGCUCCCUGCCCAACGUCAACCAGAUCGGCAGCGGCGUGCCCGACUUCCAGGGCCCGUCCCCGUUGGAUUCCACGCGGAGCACGCGGCACCACGGGCUGGUGGAGCGCGUGCAGCGGGACCCGCGCCGCAUGAUGUCCCCCCUGCGCCGCUACGUCCGCCAGAUCGACAGCUCUCCCUACGGACCCACGUACCUGUCACCACCGCCUGAGCCCAGCUGGAGGAGGACCAUGCCCUGGAGCAAUUUCCCCAUGGAAAAAGGACACUUAUUCCGGCUGCCCUCAGCUCUCAACAGGACGAACUCGGACUCGGCGCUGCACACGAGCGUGAUGAACCCCGCACCCCAGGACUCCUACCUGGGCCCCUCCCAGGCCGGGCCCCCCCGGCCGCCGAGCUGGUGAGCUCCCCCCACGCUCCCUGAGGGGUCUGGGGGUUUCCUGGACGGGGACUCAGACAGCAAAGUGCCUCCCAUUGAAGAGAACUUCGAUGACAACAAGCACUCGCUGAAGCCCUGGGACACCAAGAAGCUCUCGUCCUCCUCGGCCCGGCCACGCUCCUGCGAGGUGCCGGGAAUCCACAUAUUCCCAUCCCCGGAUCAACCUGCCAACGUGCCCCUCAUGCCCUCGGCCCUCAACACGGGGGGGUCCCUGCCCGACCUGACCACGCUGCACUUCCCAUCCCCCCUGCCCACCCCCCUGGACCCCGAGGAGGCCCCGUACCCGCCCCUGAGCGGGGGCAGCAGCACCUCCAACCUGGCCACCACCAUGACCCACCUGGGCAUCAGCGGCGGCGGCGUCGGGCUGGGCUACGACCCCCCAGGACUCCCCUCACCUCUGCAGAGCUCCCUGAGUAACCCGUCCCUGCAGUCCUCCCUGAGCAAUCCCAACCUCCAGGCCUCCCUGCGCAGCCCCUCCCUGCAGGCCUCCCUCAGCAACCCCUCGCUCCAAUCCUCCCACAGCAGCUCCUCCAUCCCCUCCUCUCUCUCCAACCAGUCCCUGCCUUCCUCCCUGUCCUCCUCGCUCUCCAACCCCUCGCUGCCCACGUCCCCCCGCCCGCAGCCGCUGCAGUCCUCGCCCAGCAACCCCAGCCUGCCCUCGGGGCUGGGCGGCUCCUUCGCGGCCACCUCGCCCCGCCGGCGCGUCCCGCUCAGCCCCCUGUCCCUGCCCGUGGCCGGCGACUGCAGACGGCAGCACCCCAAACAGUUCUCACCAACAAUGUCACCCACAUUGUCCUCCAUCACCCAGGGCGUCCCCCUGGACACCAGCAAGCUGCCGGCGGAGCAGCGGCUCCCCCCGUACCCCUACGGGCAGCCGGGGAUGCUGCUGGGCCCCCAGCCCCCCCCGAGGGCCCCCGCGCCCCCCCCGCGCCCCUACAACCCCCCCUACACCCCCGGCACCCCCCUGGGGCAGCCCCUGGCACAGCCCCACGCAGACUUCGGCCUGGGCAGCCUGGAGCAGUUCGGGAUCGGGGAGAGCCCCCCCGGGAACAGCGGAGGCUUCCCCGAGGAUUUGGGGGGGGCCCUGAGUUACCCCCCGAGCGAGGGGGGCUACGACCCCCCCGGCCUGAGCCGCCCAAACCUGAGCAACUGCAGCCGCCACGGCCCCAUCCCCAACAUCGUCUUCACAGGCGAUUCCCCCCCCGGGCUGUCCAAGGAGAUCGCCACGGCUCUGGCGGGGGUGCCGGGCUUCGAGGUGGAGGGGGUCUCUGGGGGGCUGGGGCUGGAGGAGGAGCUGCGCAUCGAGCCGCUGACGCUGGACGGGCUGAGCAUGCUGAGCGACCCCUGCGCGCUGCUCACCGACCCCGCCGUCGAGGAUUCCUUCCGCUCCGACCGCCUGCAGUGAGCCCGGGGGGGCCCCGGCGCCGCGCCCCCCCCGCCAUGCCGGCCCCCCG